AUCAGCAACGAACAACCAUGAAGGAACGGAGGCAAGUAGAUUGGCAAACUCUCGACCAAUGCGACCAAUGCGAGACCAAUGCGAGCAAUGAAGGUGGUCCACAAAGGGUGAAGUCACUAGAUAUUGAGGUACCAACAUGGCAACACUCAGGCUGCGUUCGGGGAGACGCUAUUAGCGCUGAAAACGUCAGUCUAUCUUCGUCACUCACUGUACGUCGAACAAAGAUAGAAGGCGCUUUUAGCGCUGAAAGCGCGCUCCCCGAACGCACCUUCGAUAGUGUCAUCUAUUUUCACGCCUUGAAAAGAAUAGCUUUCUCACUUGGAAAAAAUAGUCACGCAAAGGUCCGGCCAAGUUGGAAGCUUCGAAGAUGCGUGUACAAGUUUUGAAGCAGUACUCUUCGAGAGAACAUUCUUUUUUGCUUUUAUGUUCAAUACGUAUAUGUCAAUACUUUUUUCUUAUCGAGAGACGUGAGUGCGGUAUUUCAAUGUCAAAAUAUAAAAUACUCAUAUAUAAUAAAAAAAAUUCAACAUGAUUCGAGCAUUGACGAGAGUGACACUACCAAUUAUUAAGCAAUACGCUCUAAAAAUUAUCGUCAAACGGUAAAUAAAAGAACGUAAUACUUUUACAAAUAUCUCAGGUUAAUUGGACUCUCUAAAAUAAUUCCUAUCUAUCUUGUAUUUAAAGAAUCGCCCUUCGUCUUUUUAUUAUUAAAAUUAUUUCAUAAAAUUAUCACGUGAUAUAAUUUUGUCUAACGA